AAUCCAAACGCCACUAUAAAUACCUUCUUCCCUUUCCCCUUUCCAUUUCAUCUUCUCAAAAUUCGUUUCAAUCAAAAAUCGAAUAAAGGCAAAAAUAUCAAUAUGUGCGCAGUUGCAGUACCGAAGACGACGAUGACUCCAUUGUUCUCAUCUCCAAAGCUCUCUUCACUACUCUACAAAUCCUCUUCUCUCAAUUCUUCUUCUUCUUCUUCUUCUUCUUCUUCUUCUUCGCCGAAAUCGUUGUCCAGUCCGAGAAAUCUUCAUGUUUCUGCAUCGUCUUCCCCGUCGCCGUCCUCUGUGUCCCCUGUUGAUACGGUUUUGAAGAGGAAGAGGCCGGCGAGAAUUGAUGUACCGCCGAGUAUACCGAUUGGAUUUGGAUUUGGAAUAUUCGAGACGCCGGAGGUUAUGGAGGAGGAAGGAGAAGGAUAUUCGGUUUAUUGUAAAAGAGGAAGAAGACGAAUCAGCGCUAUGGAGGAUCGAUUUUCAGUUACCGUCGGAAGUCAAGGAUAUUCUAAACAGGCUUUCUUCGGAGUUUUCGACGGACACGGUGGAGCAAGAGUGGCGGAAAUCGCAGCGAAACGAAUGAGCGAGAAUGUAAUCGAUCAAGUAACGAGAAGAGCAGAAUCGGAACUCGAGGAAGCAAUCAAAGACGGCUAUCUGAGGACGGAUCGGGAUGUAUCGGAGGAAGGCGUGAGCGGCGGCGGCGCUUGUUGCGUCACUGCAUUGAUACGGAAUGGAAAUCUGGCAGUGUCGAACGUCGGCGAUUGCCGCGCUGUGUUGAGUAGAAAGGGAAAAGCGGAAGCCCUAACCUCCGAUCACCGGGCGGGAAGAGAAGACGAGAGAAAUCGGAUCGAAAAAUCGGGCGGUUAUGUAGAUUGUUGCGGUGGUGGAUGGAGAGUUCAAGGAACACUGGCUGUAUCUCGAGCCAUUGGAGAUGAGCAUCUGAAACAAUGGGUGAUAUCGGCGCCGGAGACGAGAGUGAUGAAGAUUGACGAUGAUUGUCGUUUCUUGAUUCUUGCUUCCGAUGGUCUUUGGGACAAGGUUACAAACCAGGAAGCAGUAGACAUAGUAGAGGCAAUGUGCGGCGCGGAGAUAAUGAAGAAGAAACCAAUUAAUCCGUCGUUAAUAAUGUCGGCCUGCAAACAGUUGGUGUCAUUGUCAACAUCAAGAGGCUCAAUCGACGAUACCACUGUUAUGAUCAUUAAACUAAAUUCCCUUAUUCAUUCCUCUACCUCAAAUCAUCAUUAAUUAACCCCUAAUUUUAAACUAAUUAAUAAUUACCAUUCACAUUAAUUAAGGACAAGAAGAAGUAAAAUGAGGCCGGUCCGGUUUGGCAACUCAGAAUUUUUGACAUUUUCCUUGUCCAACAGUCAAAAACUCUUCAAACAUAAACCUUCAUUGAAUAAUUUUUAUGUAAUCUCUAUACUUUUACAUUUUAUUUUGUUAUUUGGUGACUCGGUACUCGGUUUCUGUUAAAGUUGUAGAUUAUAUUACAUUAAUAAGUGGAACUCUCAUCCACUUUUUUUUUUC